AUGAAGAAGCAGAAUCUUUUUGCAAAUGCUUCUCGUACUUUAUUCAGGAUCGAAUCACUGGUUUUUAUGGUAGUUGUUGGCCAGGAGGACGUACUGGGCUCUGGUGACCUUUGUAGGGAGCGGGAUGAGCUGAAGGAGAAAUUGGAUUGGUAUGGUCUUCCGUCUACUUUGGGUGCUCAAAUAAUGAGGUUGAAGGCUUAUCUUGACAAGAGAGAAAAAUGUUGGAAUAAGGCUUCUAAGGAUGCGACACAAGUGUGUCGGGCGUUCGAAGCAGAUCAGAAAGAUCUUCAGCAGAAGAAGGAUGACCAAAUCAGUGCUUUGAAAGGAAAUUGA